AUGCAGUCGGUAAGACUUGAUGCCGUGUCGGGCUUUGAACCUCGAAACCCACGAAAGCGAGAGCGUUGUCGAUACACCUGCGUCCUCGAGCAGUUGAUUGGCCUUCUGGUGGAGGACGAAGUCGGUCAACGUGACUUUCCUUUGAGUGUCGAGCACGAAAUGGGACAGCGUAUUCUCCAACUCGGCAUGUCUGCCCUUCUGCUGCCGUUUGGCUCUCGGAUUGAGGGUACCGUGAUGUUCCGCUCAGAAUCCUGCUGA